AUGUACGAAAGCGUGGAUGUUGCGGGUUUUAGCCCCAGCCCCAGCAGCCCCAGUCCCGGCUCUUUUCUGAGCAUGGACUACUACCACAGACCCCCGGGGCUCGGGCCGGAGAAGGGACUCCUGUCCGGCGUAGGAGGACUCCAGCGUCCGUUCGGAGGGUCCCUGGUGAGCGGCAGGCACUGGAGCGGAUCCAGCCACUCCAUAGAGACUGAGAGCACGAGUUCAGGAGAGGACCUGCUCGUCCCCAGCCCCCCCUCACCUCCACCUCCGCCCCGCAUCUACAAGCCCUGCUUUGUAUGUCAGGACAAAUCUUCAGGAUACCACUACGGGGUCAGCGCCUGCGAGGGUUGCAAGGGUUCUUUUCGGCGGAGCAUCCAGAAGAACAUGGUGUACACGUGUCACAGAGACAAAGUGUGUGUCAUAAACAAGGUGACGAGGAACCGGUGCCAGUCCUGUCGACUGCAGAAAUGCCUUGACGUUGGCAUGUCCAAGGAGUUGGUGCGGAACGACAGGAUGAAGAAGAAGAAGGAGGAGAAGAGGCAGGGGGAGGCAGAGAUCUAUGUCCUGUCAGCAGACACGGAGCAGAUGAUCGAACGAGUUCGCCGGGCCCAUCAGGACACAUUUCCCUCCCUCUGUCAGCUGGGAAAAUACACCACGAACAACAGCUCUGAGCACCGCGUCUCUCUGGACGUCAAUCUGUGGGACAAGUUCAGUGAAUUGUCCACUAAAUGCAUCAUUAAGACAGUGGAAUUUGCCAAGCAGCUGCCUGGCUUUACAACGUUAACCAUCGCCGACCAGAUCACACUGCUCAAAGCCGCCUGCCUCGACAUACUGAUUCUAAGGAUCUGCACCCGCUACACCCCGGACCAGGACACCAUGACCUUCUCUGACGGUUUGACUCUGAACCGCACGCAGAUGCACAAUGCCGGGUUCGGACCUCUCACAGACCUCGUCUUCUCCUUCGCCGGCCAGUUGCUCCCACUAGAGAUGGACGACGCUGAGACAGGAUUACUUAGUGCCAUCUGCCUGCUCUGUGGAGACCGUCAGGAUCUGGAGGAGUCAGACAAGGUGGAUGUUCUUCAGGAGCCAAUUGUUGAAGCCUUGAAGAUCUAUGUGAGGAGGAGGAGGCCUGAUAAACCCUGUAUGUUCCCCAAGAUACUGAUGAAGAUUACUGACCUCAGGAGCAUCAGCGUGAAGGGAGCAGAGCGAGUGAUCACGCUGAAGAUGGAGAUACCCGGUUCCAUGCCUCCUCUCAUCCAGGAGAUGCUGGAGAACUCUGAGGGACUGGAGGGCCAUGGAGCCGGGGGAGGGAAGGGAGGAGGUGGAGGAGGAGGAAAAGGAAGAGGCAGAAAAGAGGAAAAAGAGGAGGAGCUCGGAAGCAGCCACCCAAGUCCGUCACCUAAAUCAGUCCCCUCUCCCGGCGCGAGCCCCGCGCCCUGCUACCCCUCCUCUCCCUCCCCCUCCACCUGAGGUCCACCCGUCAGCACGGCGUGGCGCCGCAAGGAAACCAUCCACACACAGACUGAAAGCAGAAAACACUGCACCUAAUAACAGACGAUCCGGAGGACUCAAAAGUGUGAACGUGUGAACCCAUAAACUCUUUUACUGGGCUACUGGUGACAUAAGUAACAUUAAUUCAACCUUAUGCCAGCUAGGAGGGAGGCUAAAUAUCUUUAUACAAGUGCUGCAGGCAGGCGGUAAAGUUAAUGAAAGCCAGGGAGAUUCGUGUUCAGACGUGUGUCAUUGUUUUAUACAUUAAAUGCAAAAAAACAACAGGAUUUCAAAUUGUUGGGUAUCUUUACAAUGCCUCAAAGGUUACUAUAUGCAGACUGUGUGAACCUAAAUGAAGGAUUAAUGAGAUACUGGAAUGUGGGCAGACUGAUUCCUUAUAAAUCACACAUUUCCUCCCUUAUGAAAAGUCAUGUAUAGUAUGCAGAAUCAUUAUGUGUAACAUAUUGUAUAUAAAAAAGGCUGUGAAAGAAGUUGUCUGGACAGAGAUGGACUGAUGCGAGAAGUUAUUUUCCUAAAUGUACAUGUGUAUAUACUGUAUUUCAGAGUUCUUCCUUUCCUCUCUCCACCUUCAACACAUACACCACUCCCAACCCUCUGCUUCUGAUCCCCUCACUGACACUUCAGGGAAGAUUAAUGAUCCUUGACUCAACUUUUCUUCACUGGAACCGUAAACACAAAUUGGAGACUUUCUAUAGCUUGAGAAAAAUGUAUUUCUCCAUGUGUUUCUUUGCAUAAUCCUCUGCCAGAAAAGAUGUGUUUUCAGAUGCAGCUUCAGCAACUCAAGUGACUUAAUUGCAACAAACUGUGAAACAUAAGACAUUUUCAUUUUAAAAUGAUACAACGUUCGCCUCUUGGCAAACUCAACCAAAGUUAACUGUGAUACCAGGAGUACAAACACCCCUCACAAGCGUGUUUCCUCUGUGGUAACAACCCCCCCACUGUGGCGCUAGAGCUGUUGAGCUCUGCAGUUAUUAGUUAAAUGAAGGUUGUAUGGAAAUCUCAUCAUCAUGACAGGUGCUGCCAAAAUACGUCUCAAAAUGUACAAGCUGUAUUUUGUUUUUUAUAUUCUGCACCACUAACUGUCAUAGUCUGUUUACACAGUGCCACUGCCUCACUACAACAUACUCUGUCAGGUACAAAUCAUUUUCAGUGUUGUCCUCUUUAAUGUAUGGUGAGGUAAAACUCAUUGGAAAGUAUAAAAAUACAGGGAGUUUAAUAAAGUAUGAUUUCCUUCUA